AAAUGUCAGCACUUUUUACUUGUGGUAGGUUUGAGUUUUUGCGAAUAAAAAAGAAGAAUGUAAAUAUUUCGCAUUGGAAGAGCUUAGCGUGCGGUAGUGAAAAAUAUUGCGCUCCCAGCAUUUUUCUCUUGAAUAAUAUUCCAAAAUGAAUGCGAUUGAUUUAAAACGUGUUGAAUUUCGACAUUACUUGGAAGCAUGUGGGGUGAUGGAUGCAUUGAGCUAUGCACUCAUUAAACUUUACGACGAAGUUGAUAAGCCAUCCGAUCCCGUUGCAUUUGUUCGACGACAUUUUAAGCGUCCAAUCGAUGAAACUGAUACCACUGACAUACCUAGGCGUAUUGAAGACUUGGAUGUAUCGGAAUUGAUAAAAAAACAAGACCAUGAAUUGAAUUUGGCUCGACAGGAAAUUGCCAAAUUGCAACAAAUGCUCAAUUCAAUGUCAUCGUAUUCACCUCUUGACGAAAAUGCCGAUGCAAAAGCUCGUGAUAAACAAGAUAUGUAUCAUGAAAUGUUCAACGAUCCAAAAUACGAUGGAAUUUUAAUCAAGAAAUAUUUAACAGAGGAAUUGUUCCGAAAAUUGUACAAACUUCAAGAUAAUGAACCAUCAAUUAUUGAUUGCAUUGCAAAAGUGAAUGAAUUGCAGGCAAAUCCAUUUGGUGUAUAUCCAUUGAAUGGAAAAUGUUACAGCAAGUUUAGAGCUUUAUUCGAACCAAUUAUCAAAGAUAUUCAUUGCAUUGAUGAUGAGUUUCACAACCAUCCGGAUUGUGAUUGGGGCGAUGUAAACGCAUUCGAAAUAUUUGAAAACGAACGGAUUGAAUCGAUUGAAAUCAGUUGCGUUCGUUCAUUGGCCAAUAUGCCAUUCAUAAAAUCGGGUAUAAACGAACAAGAUUUGGAAAUUAUCCUAAAUACGGUACAAAAUGCAAUUCAAUCCAAUGAUGAUAUCGAUGACAAGGAAAUCGAUGGUGAAUUUUAUAAAAUCUCGGAUAUAACAGAGAACGAGCCGAUUUUCAUGGAAUUACAAACGAAUGGCAUUGGUUUUCGUUCGAUGAAGCCACAUGAGCAUACUUUAUGGCCAACAGGGCGGGGGCUUUACAUCAAUUGUGCACGCACUCAAUCGAUUCUCAUCAAUGAACAGGAGCACUUGCGAUUCAUAAGCAAAGAAAAGAAUGGCAAUUUUGGUUCGGUUUACAAGAAUUUGACGGAUUUGGUUGACAAAUUCAGCAAUGGAUUAGAAUUUGAACGUAACGAAAGGUUUGGAUGGCUUACAGCAAAUAUUGAAGCGCUUGGCACUGGAAUUUGUUGUAAAAUACGAUUGAAACUUAAGCAAACCACCGAUUGCAUCGAGGAAAUUUGUAAAAAAUUACGCAUCAAAAUCACACCGAUUGAAGUGGAAAAUGAAUGUAUUGUGGAAUUGACAAACGGUGGUCGCACAUUUGGUGUGUCCGAAUUUGAAUGUGUCAAAGUAUUUUACGAUGGUAUCAAAGAAAUUCUUCAAAUUCUAUCCGAAAAUCAAGUGCAUGCGGAGACGAAUGAGGAACAUAAAACUGUGAUAGAAUCAAACUCACAGGAACCACGUGAAAAUGAGAAUGAAGUAAAUAACGAGGUGAGCAAUGCCGAUGUUAAGAUGGAAAAUGAACAAUCUGUGGUUGAAAACGAUGCCACUAAAAAUGAGAGAAAUUGUGACGAGCCAAAAGCUGAAGGUGAAAACAUUCCAAUUGAACUUUCAAACACAGAUGAAGGUAAUAAUGAAAAAUCUCAAAGCGAUGAAAAUGUUGCAAAUCUGCCUCAAACCAGCGACACCAAUGACGAUAAUAUUAAUAAGAUGUCGGUUGAAGCAGAACAAAUUGAAAAAGAUACUAUUGAAAAUGAUGAAACGCAAGCCAAUCAAAGAGAAACCGAAGCCCCCGAAGAAACCGAUGAUACUGACAAGCAAAGUGUAGAAGAGGCCAAAGUUCAAACAAUCGAAGGUGAAGCAGAAGGUUAAUUAAUGAAUAUUUUAUGAACCUACACACUUAAAUUGCACAACAAUUUUUAGUUUAAACACUUUCCUUUCAAUAAACACAUAUUCGUUUGUCUUACCAUCCAAA